AUGACAACUGAUGGAGCUCCUGCAAUGACAGGUAUUCAUAAUGGUUUUAUUGCUCUUUGUCACAAAGACGAAGAUUUUCCAGACUUCAUUAGCUACCACUGCAUAAUUCAUCAACAAGUACUGGCUAGUAAGAGAUUAAACACGAAACAUGUGAUGGAUAUUUCUUUUAAGAUUGUAAAUUCCAUAAAGGGAAAAUCCCUCCAAAGGCGGCUCUUUAAACAGCAAUUAGAUGAGAAGGAACCAGAAUUGGCAAUGCACACUGAUGUGAGGUGGUUGAGUCGAGGCAAGUUUUUGCAAAGAUUUCGAGAUCUAUUGGAAGAAAUAAUAAAAUUUCUUGAUGAAAGGGGUGAUGAUUAUCAGCAAUUGCGUGAUUUAGACUGGCAAUGUGAUUUAGCUUUUUUGGCAGAUUUUACUGGAAAACUGAGUACAUUAAAUCUGAAUCUACAAGGCAAGAAUAAAACAUUAACAGAAAUGAGUAGUUCCAUUGCAGCGUUUCAAUGUCAAACAGCGUCUAUGAUAUUUGACAUAGAGAAGAAAAAAAUUGAACAAUUUGUUAACAUCAAGGAUCAUAUGGAAAAACAUCCUAACUACAAUUUCAUUUCCAAGAAAUAUACGACAGAAAUUAGGGCAGUGGUAGCAGACUUCGAAAUUCGUUUUGGUGAUUUCAGAAAAAUUGAGAACUUGGUUCAAUUCAUCAGUUAUCCGUUCAAUGAUUCCAUUGAUCAUAGUGAUAUCUAUGAAUUGGCUACAAAAUUUGCAGAUACAUUUCAAAUGGAGCACAUGAUGUUACAAAACGAAAUUAUUACUCUGCGCUGCGACAUAUUUCUUAAAGCAAGGUCAUCCUCAGGUCAAGAUUUCUGGGCAUUGGUUUCCAAAGAAAAAUAUCCAAAUUUGAAGAAUUGUGUUGAACAACUUCAUUCGUGUUUUGGUUCAACAUAUUUAUGUUAA